AUGUGGCGCCUUGGCUCGGAGACACAGCGGCCAGUAUGCUCUCAAACUUCCCCUUCCACCAACCUCAAAUCCCAUGUUUCCUCACAAUCCACCGCCCGGAUGAUCCGCCAAAAAUGGCUUCCCAAUGCCAGGGCCCUCUUCGCCGCCCAGAAAAGAUGUCUUUCUUCGCCAAGCGCCAGAUUCCCCAACUUCGCCGAAAACGAUGAGAGCUGGGGAACUCUGCAGGAGAAGCUCAACUCUUCUCUGCCCAAUGCUGGUGCGAAUUCGAAGCCAGUGCCUGGCACUUCGCUGAAGGGUGCAAUGGCUCAGGACCAUGGUUCCCGAUACAUGCUUGUCAUGGAGGGUCUGCCAACAUCGCUUCGCGCUGCUGACUUCCAUCGUCUUGCGCCAGGUACCCUCUCUGGCUGGGAAAACUUCAUCACUAAUGUCCAUCAAGAACGCGAUCCCUGGACUAUGGAACCCCUUGGCACAUACUACAUAACCUUCCCCUCCAGCGGCGCCGCCUACAUCUACCGCGACAGAGUCGAACGUCUCCUCCGCCUCGCCCAAGCAAAGAUGAAAGACAAGACAGGUCUCUGGGUCACCAAAGUGAACCCCGUUCUCAUCAAUAAAAAAACCAACCCCGCAGUUGAGGUCGAGCGCUUCACACUCCUCCCGGGUUCAUACCCAUCCAAGCUUGAGAUCAAGAGCAAACGGGUCAGAAAGAUGGCAUGGCAGAAAGUCAUGGACCGAAUCGUUGAAAAAUCGUCCAUAAAAAGGAAUCCUAGCCAUGUGCUACUUGAGCUACCGCAGGCGAGUUUCUCGGCGUCGGAGCUCAAGGCGAUCAUAAAGCAGGAUGGUAUAGAAAGUGGGCACAAUUGGCAAAUAGAUGUGUUCAGCCUGAGGGAGACUAUGAACUUUGAGAGUGGGGUUACCACAGACACCCUUCGAGUACCUCUGACUCGAGGCAGUCCCGAGUUUCGACGCAAGCUCGAUUCACGGUUUGUCCUUACCUGCGCGACUCCUGAAGUGGCAUGGCGAUUCAUUCGUAAUUGGAAUCAGCGCAUCCUUGAAUAUGACGGAGGAGAUGAGGUUAUCCAGCGUAACCGUGUAAAAGUAUCGUAUAUUGAGACUUAG